AUGCUGCAGCCCCACACAUUAACUGAAGCUUAUCAGCAAGCUCGGUUGGAGGAAGUUGCCAUUGAGGCCAACAACAGGAAGAAUCAUUUGAGGAGUGUAGAUGGAGAUGUAUUGACUUCCCCUGUUAGCACGAGAAAACAGGCUUUGGAUACUCCUGAUAAAGCAGCAUCGGGUAUGACAAGUGCAGAUGUUUUUGGUGAUUGUUUAGCUGUAACAAAAAUGGGGAAAGACGAUGAGUAUGAUGAGCAUAAGGACACAACUCCGUACCUUGCAGUCUUGGACACAAUGGGAAUUGACAUAACAACUGUAGCGUCUCCCAGUAGCAUGGAAUCAGAAUCGAACCUGAAAAGGUCUAACUUGGCAAAAAAAGAACUCAAGGCUGAAGGUGAGGUACUGAUGGCAAAAACUCAUAUAUUAGCUACAGAUGUGGUUCAGAAACCAGAGUUCAAGUUACUGAAUAUAAAUGGCAGUUUCACUAUGCAGUCAAUCUCUCAUUUGGCUGCCAAUGCUAAGGCUAUUGCUGGGCAAACCAUUGAUUUCAUUUUUUGUCCAAGUGCUGUUGAUUUUAGGACUCUGGAUGUCGUUGUGAACUACUGCAACUCCAAUAAGGGGUAUGGUUUCGUGCCUGAAUCAGUGGGUUGCAGGGAAAAACUAAAGCAUGGCAGCUGGAAUUAUGAGUAUCGGGUUUAUCCCACUUAUUAUGGUGUUUGGGUAAUUUCUGGUGGCAGGGGUAGUAGUCCUGAUAUCAAAGAACCAUAUAAAGAUGAUGCUCCAGGGGUCAGUGUUGGCAUGGAGCUGUUUGAUCCGGAUUUUCAACAUGGCUGGAAAUUUAAUUGCUAUCAUGAACCUAUGUCGAUUGUUGGUGCUGCAUAUGCAUUGUGUGGAGUGCAUUUUUGCAAUGAUAUUCUUGGUGUUCAAGGUCAUGGCAGGGGUCCAACUCCCAACUUUAAGGAGCCUUAUAAAGAGGGCUGGUUGGUUGUAGUUCUAACUGUUGUCGGGGUGAAACUCUGUGGUACUGCACUUACGGGUACUUGGCGGUUCAAGGGCUGUAAGGGACUGGAGAUGAUUGUGGUGAUGCUUAGGAGCUUGGUGGUGUGGUGUACUGCUGCACUUUUGUUAAUUCUCCUGGGUUGCAUAAGCUGCAUUUGCUUGUGGUUUCCAUUCUUAAGGAGUUCGACGGUAAUGGUGCUUGUUGUAAGAGAUGAAUAA